AUGGGUGGAAUUGGUUUGCCUUGCCCUCAGGUGCGGACGUGGCGGCGGCUGGGGCAGGUCCGGGAUGGCAUCGCCCGGCUGGAGGCCGAGAAGGGCCGCGUGGCCCAGGGGGUCCGCAGGAUCAUGGCCUCCCACGACAAAUCAUCAGCCAAGACGCUCCCGGAGUUGGCGGCGCUGAAGGAACGGGGCCGGAGCCUCCGGGGGCAGCUCCGGGCGCUUGAGGCCGAGGAGUCUGACCUGGAGCAGAGAUUUUACCUGGGGGCUCUGCAGCUGCCCAACAGAACCCACCCUGAUGUGGUGAGACCCCCAAAAACCUCCCCAAAAUCACCCCAAACCCAACAGAACCCACCCUGAUGUGGUGAGACCCCCAAAAACCUCCCCAAAAUCACCCCAAACCCACCCAACCCAACAGGACCCACCCUGAUGUGG